CGGGCACUCGAAGACGACGGACGCGUCGCGACGUAGCCGCGUGACGUCAUCAUGUUUUACUUGCUCGUGCUAGUGUGUGCGCUCGCGCCGGUGUUCGGACAAGAACAGACGUUACAAGUGAAUAUAACUCAAGGCAUAGUUCAAGGAUCUAUAGCACCCGAUGGAAUAUAUUACACGUUUUACGGAGUCCAUUAUGCCGGUGCUCCGGUCGGCCAAAACAGAUUCAAGGCACCAACUCCAGCGCCAUCAUACCCUGGAGUAUUGAUAGCCCACGACCGUGACGUCAUCUGCGCCCAGCCGUCCUCCCGAGGACUCGUCGGCACCGAAGACUGCCUCGUCCUUAAUAUCUUCACAAACGCCACCACCCCAGCAAAACCCGUGCUGGUCUGGCUCAUAGGCGAAGAAUACACCAACACCGAACAAACCGCUAGAUCCUUCAGGAGACUAGUCCAGGAAGGAGUCGUUAUCGUAGAAUUGAACUACAGAGUCUCUAUUUUCGGUUUCCUCUGUCUAAGAACACCUGAAGCUCCCGGUAACGCCGGAUUAAAGGACGUAGUCCAAGGCUUAAAGUGGAUUAAGGAAAACAUUGCCGCCUUCGGAGGAGAUCCCAACAAUGUGAUUCUGUUUGGACACGGAUCGGGGGCAGCUAUGGUUGAUCUGAUUACGAUGUCGCCGUCAGCAAAUGGUCUAGUACACAAAGCAAUUGCUCAAAGUGGAUCAGCUCUGGCACCUUGGGCCGUUUCUUAUGACCCAAUAGGCUACGCUCAAGAAUUUGGUUCAAAACUUGGUUAUACUGGCAAAACCAAUGCUGAACUAGCUCAACUUCUAGUAACAACUGAUGUAUCUCUUUUAAUACCAGCUAUGAAUGACUUUGAGUUCUACAAUAACACGAUCCUCUUCGCCCCGUGCAUUGAGGAUCCAAAUUUGAACUCUAAUGAGACCUUCCUGACAGCAGCUCCGUCUGAUAUUUUAAAAUCUAGAAACUACAGCCAUAUUCCUUAUAUAGCUGGGUAUACUGAUAGAGAAGGUACCAUAAGAGCUCAACAAGCAGCAUAUGGAAACUGGCUUGAUAAGAUGGAGACAAACUUCACGCUGUUCUUACAAGCAGAUUUGGACUUAGGAAACAACGCUUCAGCCGUUGAGAAGUCAAUUCGGGAGUUCUACUUCUCGCAAAGGACUAUAAAUAUGGAAACUAUUGAGGAUUAUUUGGAUUACCAAGGAGAUACUUUGAUCCUGGUGUCAGUGAUUCGAGGAGCGAGGGAAAGGGCUCUGACGUCACGGGCGGAAGUGAGAUUGUUCGAGUUUGGAUACAGAGGGACCCAGAACUCCGACUGGGCUUAUCAGACCAUUCCUCUGACUGGUGCCAGACAUGGUAGUGUGCUGAACUUCCUCCUGGAUUAUGAUCUCAGGCCGAUGGAUGAACCUGUGAUGACGUCACUCAUCAAUCGCUACGUAGCUUUCUUUAACACAGGGGUACCCAACGCAACCUGGCUACCGAUCACGGGGAAUUCCCUACAAUACAUGCUGUAUAGCGGCAGUGACGGCCCUCAACCAUUGACUGCCCUCUUCCGGGAGGAACCCAGAGUGAACCCUCAUACUCAGAGGAUGGACUUCUGGAAUAACCUCUACUCUAAGUAUUACGUCCCUCCGAAGUUUACGAACUCAGGGGAGAAUCUUGUAGGUGUUACCCUGAUUCUGUUUGUAAGUCAACUGUUAACUCGUUUGUUUUAGAAUUUAAGUAAACUACAAUGUAUUUUUGUUUGACCGUUAUUAUAUUGUGCAGUUUAACACGCCCACCUGUUAGAACAUCUAACAUCGGAAAAUGUUCAACCUCGGAGUUGAGUUACGAUAUUGGACCAAUUCCUGAGUUGAAGUAGAAAAAUCGUACGAAACUCCGGAGUUACGCAACUCCGAAGUUCCGGAUUGGAAGCCCAACCUCUGGUUGAUAGAAGUGAGGCCUGUGCCCAGCUGUGACAGCUGUUUUUAUCGCUGUUAAAAUAGCGCAUUUUCUUGCUUGGAGCGUAAAUAUUGAAGGACACUAUUUCUAAAAUUGUCAAGCUAUUUUUGACGUCGGCAAAAAGUGGCAUAUUUCUUUAAUUCAUGUUAUUAUUUGCCGGUCAAUAAAUAUUGCUGAUUUUGACAACUUAAAGUACAUACGUAC